GAUUCAGUAAGGAAAACCCUCGUACACCCUGAACAAUCCCAUCGACACCCUGAACAAUCCCAUCGACAUCCUGAACAGUCCCAUCGACACCCUGAACAAUCCCAUCGACAUCCUGAACAAUCCCAUCGACAUCCUGAACAGUCACUCGGCACCGAGCGUCUUUCAUUCAUUGCUUACAGCCCUUUGUUCACUACUCAGAGUUCUUCACCCGGGGCUGAACAUUCAGCAACAAUGCGAAGGGGCCAAUAUUUAAACCCCCAUUCCCAUUUAUCUACUACGACUUACAAGCCUACCACACCAGAGUGUGCAACCACAACCAAACACUUCAGGCCGUCUCUAAUGGAUAUCAUUGUUACAUAUACUGAUAUUUCUUGAGUGUACCGGGAGUCUGUCUCUUAGAAAGACGACAAUAUAUACAUAUAUACAUCUAUAUACGAACGGGCUAGUGAACAGCUCCGCAACGAACCGAACGGUUUCCACACUUCUCGGAUCAGAUCAAUGUUCUGAUCCAGAAGACCGUUUCCCAGGGAGACGACAACAUAUAUAC